AUGGUUCUCGCCGACUUGGGCCGCAAACUCAACGAUGCCUUUGCACAACUUCAACGAGCGCCCGUAGUCGAUGACAAGGUACUAGACGCGAUCCUCAAAGACGUCUGCUCGGCACUUCUCGAAUCAGAUGUGAAUGUCAAGCUUGUGGCUUCGCUGAGGCAAAAGGUCAAGGCUACAGCCAAAGCUGCUUUUGAAGGGGGUGCCGAUAAAGGGAAAGAAGCCAAUCGCAAGGGAGUCGUCCAAAAGGCCGUCUUUGAUGAACUCGUCCGAUUAGUCGACCCUGGGGUCGAACCGUACAAACCGGUCAAGGGCAAGUCGAAUGUCAUCAUGGCAGUUGGUUUGCAAGGAAACGGAAAGACGACAACGUGUACCAAGGCACGCACACCUUCCCACCUCACCCACUCCAAACUCCCACAUACUCAUUCUCCAAAAAAUAUAGCUUGCGGGGCAUUUGACCAGACACGCCAGUCGGCUACAAAAGCCAAGGUCGCGUACUUCGGGUCGUACACCGAGACGGACCCGGUGGCUAUUGCAUCUCAGGGUGUGGCCAAGUUCAAGAAGGAGAGAUUCGAUGUUAUUAUUGUGGAUACGUCUGGUAGGCAUCGACAAGAAGCCGAACUAUUCCAAGAGAUGGUCCAGAUUGGGGAGGCUGUUACUCCAGAUAUGACAGUGCUUGUUUUGGAUGCCAGCAUUGGUCAAGCUGCCGAGGCUCAAAGUCGUGCAUUUAAAGAAAGCUCGAACUUUGGUGCUAUCAUCGUGACCAAGAUGGACGGACAUGCCAAGGGUGGAGGUGCCAUUUCUGCCGUCGCGGCGACUCAAACCCCCAUCAUUUUCUUGGGUGUUGGAGAACAUUUGACCGAUCUGGACAAGUUCUCCCCCCAGCCGUUCAUCUCGAAAAUGCUUGGCAUGGGAGAUAUGCAAGGGCUAAUGGAGACUAUCCAAGAUAUGGCAAUGUCUAACCCCGAUAAGCACAAGGAAAUGGCGAAGAAAUUGGAAGAGGGCAAGUUAAGUAUCCGGGACUGGAGAGAACAAAUUAGCAACGUUAUGAGCAUGGGUCCAAUAAGCAAACUCGCAUCCAUGAUCCCAGGUCUACCUGCCGAACUCUUACAAGGUGGUGAUGAAGAAGGGUCUCGCCGGAUGAAGCGUAUGCUCUUCAUCACAGAUAGCAUGACGGCCGAAGAACUCGACUCUGACGGUAUGAUCUUCCUCGAACGGGGGCCGGACGGAACGCCAACGGGACUUUCUCGUCGGGUGCUGAGAGUUGCGAGGGGCAGUGGGACAAACGUGCGUGAAGUCGAAGAAACACUGACGCAGUAUCGGAUGAUGGCCAAUAUGGCCAAGGCUGCAGGAGGAAAGAAUGGGUGGAUGAGCGCGAUACAGAAAAUGCAGCAAGCUGCUGGACCGCCUCGAGGGCCGAAUGGUAUGCCGACGCAACAGCAGAUUGCAGAUAUGAGACGGGCUCUUCCUCCCGGUAUGUUGCAAAACUUGCAGAAGAUGAGGCAGGGUGGCGGAAUCAAGGAAAUGAUGCGCUCUAUGAUGGGUGGGGCCAAUGCGGACCCACAAGAACUGGAAGAAAUGGAGGCAAUGAUGGCUCAAAUGGCCAAGGGCGGAGGAAUGCCGGGGCUACCAGGGAUGGGAGGUAUGGGCGGCAUGCCCGAUAUGAGUGCUAUGAUGCGCAUGAUGGGUAUGGGUGGGAUGGGAGGUGCAAGGUAA